GUGACCUGUGCUGAGUCCUGAUUGGCCAAUUCUUUUGGUGCCUGCUUCUAAUUGGCUGAGGGUAGCCGCCGGAGUUUGUAAUUGGUCGGAUAGAGUAUUGGGUGCAGUGGACCAUGUUUAGUCUAGGUUAAGCCGAUGUGCAUUAAAGUGUUAAACUCGCAGAGUCAGCUGUAUGCAGUUAAUCAACAUCAUAGAGAUUCAUUUUACUCAGGUUUGUGUUGGAAAGGUUGGUCUUCACCAUGAAGGACAAGAGUAAGAACGCCGCCAGAAAUAGAAGGGAAAAAGAAAAUGGAGAAUUUUUUGAACUUGGUCGAAUGCUCCCGCUUCCUGGUGCUAUAACCUCUCAACUAGACAAGGCGUCUGUUAUCAGAUUGACAACAUCAUACUUGAGGAUGCGUCAGGUUUUCCCAGAAGGUUUGGGGGAUGGUUGGGGAAUGAAGCCUUCCCUUGGACGACAUGAUAUUAUAAAGGAGCUAGGAUCUCAUCUGCUGCAAACGUUGGACGGUUUUAUAUUUGUUCUAAGCUCUGACGGGAAAAUUAUGUAUAUCAGUGAAACCGCUAGCGUACAUCUUGGCCUCAGUCAGGUUGAAUUGACCGGAAACUCCAUAUUUGAAUACAUUCAUCCUUUAGACCACGAGGAGAUGAAUAGUUUACUAACAAUACAACCAGUACAGUACACCCAGGAUGUUGAACUUGAGAGAUCAUUUGUGAUUAGGAUGAAAUGUGUGCUUGCUAAACGAAAUGCAGGUCUCACCAACGGCGGAUACAAAGUUAUUCAUUGUUCAGGAUAUUUAAAGGUUAAGGGAGCUGUGGAGGGAAGGCAGUUUGAACCAGUUAAUUCAUCACAACCCAGCCUAGGCCUGGUUGCUGUAGGACACUCUCUACCAGCAUCUAGUAUAACGGAGAUCAAGAUGCACAGCAAUGUUUUUAUGUUCAGAGCUUCAUUAGAUCUUAAACUUAUUUUUCUAGAUCAAAGAGUAGCAUGUCUGACUGGAUAUGAACCCCAGGAUCUGAUUGAGAAAACUCUGUAUCAGUUUAUCCAUGCAGGGGAUAUGGUUCCAAUGAGACUAACUCAUCUAACAUUACUGCAUAAAGGGCAGGCCCACACCCGGUAUUACAGAUGGAUGACCCAGUCCGGAGGUUGGGUUUGGGUACAAUCUUACGCUACUAUUGUACACAAUACAAGGUUAGUUUAG